UGUAUAGACUAUAGCGGGGGCGUGCGUGUGUGUUAAAAACUCGGUAGUAUUGAGCCCUUCCCUUUUGCCCGUGUGGCUGGCCGACUGAGCCCAGCCGCCGUUUGUUCUUUCAGUGUUACAACCGACGGUCGUCGGAGUAGGACGUCUAGAAAAACGGAUAGCAGAUCCAGACGGAGCAACUCUUCUCUCUCUUGGCACGUGCCUUGUUUAACACACGGGGAUUAUAUUGCAUUAGACAUUUACGUCAUUUGUGAUUUGACGAAAAAAAGUGAGUUGUGAAGUUUUGACCAGCCAUGGAGGCUCCGCUGUGCGACCGCCAGCAGCAAGUGAAUCUGAACAACAACAUUAACAACAGCAAAGAUGUUGACGUUCAUCAGCAGUUGUUGAGGCGGGUCUUUCAAAUGUGCGACGUCCAGCGGCGCGGUCACAUUUCCAUCGACGAUCUACUGGAACUCGGACAAUCUUAUCUCGGACAAGACACCAAGGAUUUGGCGGAUGCACUGCGCUCGCUAGAUCCGCUCGGAGACGGCACCCUGACGUUUGAUGAAUUUUGCAGAGGCGUCGGAUCCAUCAUCCAGCAAUCACCCACAGAAGGGCCAACCUCACGAGACCUGACAUCAUCCACCUCCUCCUCGUCUCCAACGAAACGGAGCCGGACGCUGAUUGAUUGGAGCGAAUUGACCAUGCCAUUGGUGACGGGCGAGGGACAUUCGACGUCGACACAAGCGGCUCAUCUGGUGGUCAACGACGAAGAUAUCCUCCUGGCUUCGUCGGUUGACGGAAGCGUUGUGGCCGGCAAGCGCCGGAAUUCCUCGUCGGACGAAGUCGAUUCCGGUUACAGCAAGAGCAGCAGCCCAACAGAUUCGGCGCCCACCACCGGCAGCGUCAGUGGGUGUUCCAGCAUGUCGGAGAGAGAAAUCAGCUUCGAAGGCUACGGAGAGGCGGAUCAUUCCAUCGAGAACGGGACGCCUAGCGACGCCGACGCCAAUCCAGUGCCUCAGAUGAUUGGCAACCGAGCCAACUGGAUGAACGGAAUGCUGCGGAAUAGUUUGAGGCGAUCCGAUUACAACAGUCAUGGCGAUGGCGCUUUCCAUCGACGCUACGGAUCCCUACGCCUUCCCGGCAAGAGAGGAAUAGCGGCCGGAUCGAACGCGUUGGCCAGUCAGUUGUACAGCAAGAACGUCAACAACACGUCCAGUCGCAGCUCCAACGGUGGCGACAACGAGGAUUUCUGUUCGGAUGCUUCACUGGAAGACGACGUCGUCGAUCUUGGCCAUAAGGUUCAAAUACUCCAGCAACAGAUUACCGCCCUGGCCGACACGCAGUUCAGCAGCGAUGACCGGUACAGCCGUAGCAAGCAGGAGAACGCCGCCCUUACCGCUAGGUUGCAGAUGCUGGAAGAGAGUCUCCGCGACGUGGAACUACGAGCCACCCAGCAGCUGAGCGAAGAGCAGCGACGCAACAAGGAGCUGAUUGUGAGAGUCGAGCGUGAGAAACAGUUGGAAAUUGAGAAUUGCACCAUCAAAUUGCAAGCGGCCGAAAGAGAAGUGGAGCUGACGAGGGAAGAGUGCGCCCGGCUGCGCGGGCAGACGGAGCGACUGCGCGGCGAGAGAUCGGCCCUCCAGCAGCGGCUCUACGAGGCGGAAUCGAGUCUGCUGGAAGGGCAAGAGGAGCUGAGGCGGAUGAGCGACCUGGUCAAGCGAGAGAGGGAGCAGUGGGCCGUCGAGAACGCCAACGGCAAGCAACUGGCGGCCGAACUGUCGAGAGAAGUCGACCUGCUCCGGGCCACCCAGCAUCAGCAGAGUAGUAGUAGCAGCAGUCACGGCGAAUUCGGCGAGGAGCUGACGCCCAGCGCCGCCCGCGUCCGCGAGAUGGAAAACGAAAUCAAAACCCUUAAGCAACAGAACAACAGUCUACGCGAAGCCAACGACGAGCUGCAGGCCCAGCUAUUCUCACGCGGCCUGGAGGAAGGCCGGACUCUGUUGAGCGAACAUGUGGCCUGCAACAGCUUGGCCGCCGAAUUCGAAGUCAUGAGCCAAGACGAUAUCCGGACGGCUUUAAAAGAACAGCAGGAUGUCAACGCCCAAUUGCGCUCUUACAUCGAAGGCAUCCUGUUGACGAUCGUCGAGAACCAGCCGUCUCUUCUCGAGCGGAAACCUCUGCCGUGAUUCAGAAAUUUCAUCCGCGCAACCUCCUCCUCCUCCAUCCUAGACAUUCCUGUUUAUUUUUGACCGCCUUGGGGGGAAAGAGAGAGAGAGAAGUUAACAAGAACCAAAACAAUAAAUCGAUAUAUCGACAUUCAAUAAGCCAUGAAACGAAAAAAAAAUAAGAAAAAAGAAACAAAAUUA